CAUAAAACCCCACCAAACCACAGCCCAUAAACCACCAAACUCCAUAUUACCACACACUCACUUCUCACUCCUCAUCCUUUCAUAAAAACCAGAGUGAUAUUGUUAUAUUCUCUAAGUUUUCUGAUAACUUAGAGGAAGAAAUCGUGUUAGUUUUCUGGGUUUUUUGAGAUAUUUGGUAUUUGAAUCUUUGAGAAAAGAGUAAUGGCUGGGAGUGGAUUGUUUGCAGAGAUUGUUGAUGGAGAAGCAUACAAGUAUUAUGCUGAUGGGGAGUGGAAGAAAUCAUCUUCUGGUAAACUUGUUCCCAUCAUCAACCCUACCACAAGAAAGGUCCACUACAAGGUUCAAGCUUGUACGCAGGAAGAGGUUAACAAGGUCAUGGAGACAGCAAAAAUCGCACAGAAGACAUGGGCUAAGACCCCGCUUUGGAAGCGGGCCGAGCUCCUUCACAAGGCUGCUUCUAUCCUCAAAGAACACAAAGCUCCAAUUGGGGAGUCACUGGUUAAAGAAAUUGCUAAACCUGCUAAAGAUGCUAUCACAGAGGUUGUGAGGUCUGGAGAUUUGGUGUCUUACUGCGCCGAAGAAGGGGUUAGGAUUCUCGGGGAAGGGAAGUUCUUGGUGUCUGAUAGUUUCCCAGGAAAUGACAGAACAAAAUAUUGCUUAACUUCCAAGAUUCCGCUCGGUGUGGUUCUAGCCAUUCCACCAUUUAACUAUCCUGUCAACCUUGCUGUCUCAAAAAUUGCUCCUGCGCUGAUCGCUGGAAACGCCCUUGUGCUGAAGCCCCCAACUCAGGGUGCUGUUUCUUGCCUUCAUAUGGUGCAUUGCUUCCACUUGGCUGGAUUUCCCAAAGGCCUUAUUAGCUGUGUCACUGGGAAAGGAUCUGAGAUCGGCGACUUCCUUACCAUGCAUCCUGGAGUGGACUGCAUUAGCUUCACUGGUGGUGACACCGGCAUUGCAAUUUCGAAGAAGGCAGGCAUGAUCCCUCUUCAGAUGGAGUUGGGAGGAAAAGAUGCAUGCAUUGUGCUUGAAGAUGCCGACCUAGAUUUGGUCGCGGCAAACAUAAUAAAGGGAGGCUUUUCAUACAGUGGUCAAAGAUGUACUGCUGUUAAGGUUGUCUUGGUGAUGGAAUCCGUUGCUGAUGCCCUCGUCGCGAAAGUGAAUGCACGAGUGGCAAAAUUAACCGUUGGUCCACCAGAGGAGAACAGUGACAUCACUCCUGUUGUCUCGGAAUCAUCUGCAAAUUUUAUUGAAGGUUUGGUUGUGGAUGCAAAACAGAAAGGAGCAACAUUUUGCCAAGAGUACAAGAGAGAGGGCAACCUUAUCUGGCCUUUGUUGUUAGAUAAUGUCAGACCGGAUAUGAGAAUUGCGUGGGAAGAGCCAUUCGGUCCAGUCUUGCCUGUUAUUAGGAUUACUACGGUAGAAGAAGGAAUCCACCAUUGCAAUGCCAGUAAUUUCGGACUCCAGGGCUGUGUGUUCACAAAGGACAUCAACAAGGCCAUUUUGAUUGGUGAUGCAAUGGAGACAGGAACUGUUCAAAUAAACUCCGCACCUGCUCGUGGACCAGAUCAUUUUCCGUUCCAGGGCAUAAAGGACAGUGGAAUUGGGUCACAAGGAAUCACCAACAGUAUCAACAUGAUGACCAAGAUCAAGACCACUGUAAUCAACUUGCCAACCCCUUCUUACACCAUGGGUUAGUGACCCUGUUAAUAACGAAUCGGGUGAUAAUAUAGUAAUCGAAGCUACUUAACGUCGUUGUAGUAGCGGAUUUAGUAAAAUGUGUAAGUGAUUUUUUAGGCUGCAGACAAUAAAAAUGUGUCAUCGUCGGACAAAUGGAGUUGAGAAAAAGAGAAUAAUGGGCAAUACCCUUACACAAAAGGCUGCAUCACGCGAUUAUUACAUGAUGUUUUAAGCUCUUGCAAAUACUUUAGGCUUCUCUUCUGUACCUGAUGAAGUUGGAGACUUGGUCAAUAAGAACUGAGAGACUUGUAUUACUUUCUGGUUUUAUAAGCAGAUCAUCACAUCUAUUAGCUAA